AUGCUGCACCUGAAAGUCCAGUUUCUGGAUGACUCCCAGAAGAUCUUUGUAGUUGAUCAAAAAUCCUGUGGAAAAGGCCUGUUCAACCUCACCUGCAGCCACCUCAACCUUGUGGAGAAGGAGUACUUUGGGCUGGAGUUUCGCAGCCAGGCUGGGAACCACGUCUGGUUGGAACCGCUAAAACCCAUAACAAAGCAAGUCAAAAAUCCUAAGGAGGUUCUUUUCAAAUUUAUGGUGAAAUUUUUCCCAGUGGACCCCAGCCAUCUGAGAGAAGAGCUGACCAGGUACCUCUUCACCCUCCAGAUUAAGAAGGACCUGGCACUGGGGCGGCUGCCCUGCAGCGACAAGAGCGCGGCGCUGCUCGUCUCCCACCUGCUGCAGUCCGAGCUGGGCGACUUCCAUGAGGAGAUGGACCAGCAGCACCUGGCGACCCACCGGUACCUGCCCAACCAGGAGUACCUGGACAACAAGAUCAUGCACUACCACCGGAGACAUGGCGGGAAGACGCCAGCUGAGUCAGACGUUCAGCUGCUGGAUGUGGCCAGGAAGCUGGAGAUGUACGGGAUUCGCCUGCACCCUGCCAGCGACGGCGAGGGGACGCAGAUCAACCUGGCUGUGACGCACAUGGGAGUGCUGGUCCUGCGGGGUAAUACAAAGAUCAACACAUUCAACUGGUCCAAAAUUCGCAAACUUAGUUUCAAGAGGAAGCAUUUUCUCAUCAAGCUCCAUGCAAACAUCUCUGCACUGUGCAAGGACACGCUGGAGUUCACCAUGGCGAGCCGGGAUGCCUGCAAGGCUUUCUGGAAGACAUGCGUGGAGUACCAUGCCUUCUUCAGGCUGUCCGAAGAGCCCAAGUCAAAGCCCAAAACCCUUCUGUGCAGCAAGGGCUCCAGUUUCCGCUACAGUGGAAGGACGCAGAGGCAGCUGUUGGAGCAUGGGAGGAAGGCGAAGAUGAAAAGCCUGCCCUUUGAGAGGAAGCACUACACAUCCCGCUACGAUGAGAGGCAGUGCCGCUCCUCUCCGGACCUCCUGACAGAUGUCUCCAAGCAGGUGGAGGAGCUGCGCCUGGCCUACGGUGGCCGGGGCUCCUACCAUGCCAAUGGGGUGCACACCUCCGAGCCCACGCUGGACAGCCGGCGCCGGAGCUCCGCCGUGGAGGUGACAUUUGCUGCUGAGCUGGACCGCUCCAAGCCUGAAGCGACCCCUGCCUUCCUGCCCCACUCCAAAAGCUCGUCUGCCUUCCCCCUGCUCUAUGCUGAGCUGGAGCUGGAGCGGGCAUGGGAGCCUGCUGACACAUUCAGUGCCAGGAACCCCUUGACGUCCUUUCGGCCCCACCAUCAAUUUGCUGGGAACAGUAAAAGCACCUCAGUGGGCAACAUGCGGGAGGUGAGCGCCCGGCCACUGGUGUACACGGAUGUGCCGUGCCCCGUGCCCAUGGCCACCCCAGCCCCCCAGGUCCCCUUCUACCUAGACAGGCCCCCACAGCCCUCAUGCCAUGCACCAGUGCCUGGCGAGGAUUCAGCAGGACCAGCUGGUGGAUGCGGCCCCAUGGAAGCAAAACCCCCCAGGUGGAGCCCAAGUGGGACCCGGGCUGGGGAGUUUCAUCGUGAGGCUCCGUGCAUGGCAAUGGACACAAGCAUUGGCCUGGUCGGGGAGAGCAGGUUGCUGGCUUGCUCCUUAAAUUAUGGGCUUCAGGAGCAGCCUCCCAAGCGGUCUUGGAGCCAGUCAGACAUGAAAACCAUCCGCUUCCCCUAUGGCUCCGAGUUCAGGCCCCUGGGGCCGUGCCCUGUGCUGAGCAGCCGGAAAACAGGCAUCUUUCAGCAUGUGCCGGCCCAGCAAGGGCUGGCUCUGGGGCCGCGGCGCUCCGCCGAGCGCUAUGUGGGCAGCAGCACUGAGUCCAGUGACUCUGACUCUGACCUCCUGGCUGCUGACUACUGCUCCCUGUAUGGCCGGGUGCUGCGGUCGUCCAUGGCCCGCGUGCGGCUGUCUUCUGGCAGCCUCCAGCUGGAUGAAGAGGAUGAGGAGGUGUCCUUUGCCACCAGCGCUGCUGAAGAUAGGAAUUCCAAGGGGGCCUCCAGGUACUUCACCUAG